AUGAAGGCAGGGAUUUGGGCUGCUGUCUUGGGCAUGUCCCUUUGGACAGCUGGUGCCCUGGAAGUGAAGAUGGACCAAACCGACGAGAAUAGACAGAGAUGCUCAGGCAUGUACAGUCGCAGCGCCUGGGGCGGACCUGUCGACCCUUACAUCAACGUCAUGUUCCUUCCGAAAGAGGCUCCGGCCGACCAAGAUCCUGUCGUGAGUUUGGUCAUCUUUGAAUGGAAGGACGAGGACUUAAUUGGUGUCCGCGAAAGCCCAGAUGCCGAAAACAAAAUUGGCAUUUGUCAGGAGGCAUAUGUCCAGAAGAACUACUGUAACGAGACGGAUAUUGGCAAGUUCAUCAUUGAUCCGGAUGCCACCACAAAGUCGAAGAACAUGAUCGAGACGAAGGCUAUCCACCUCAAGGAGCCGCAGACGAUCAAGUACAUGAUUGGAAAGACUGGCUACUACUGUGUCCUGACCGAUAAGUUCUCCGCGGGCGAGUUCACUGCAAUUGUUGAGUUCCGUAAUGCCUACGGCGAGCUGCCUGCUACGCAAAUCCCGAAGCUGCCUUUCUAUGGAGGAAUCACCAUCCUCUAUGCGCUGGUUGCAGUGUUCUGGGGGUUUUUAUACUAUCAGCACCGACAUGAUAUUUUGCCGGUCCAAAACUACAUCACGGCUAUUCUCAUCUUUCUGGUUGUAGAAAUGUUAAUGACUUGGGGAUUCUAUGACUACCUCAACCGGAACGGCGCAAACAUCGGCUCCAAGGUGUUGCUGGUUAUAGUAGCGAUCCUGAAUGCUGCUCGUAACUCCUUCUCUUUCUUUCUACUGCUCAUUGUGUGCAUGGGAUACGGGGUCGUGAAGCAUACGCUUGGGCGCACCAUGAUCUGGGUGCGGUGGCUCGCAAUCGCUCACUUUCUUUUUGGACUUGUCUACGCAAUAACAAGCUUGCUGAUUACUCCAGACGCUGCAGGCCCAUUCGUGCUACUCAUAGUCCUCCCUCUCGCUAGCACCUUGACCGGUUUCUAUGUGUGGACUCUCAACUCCUUGAACUUCACUCUAAAGGACCUGCGCGAGCGCAAGCAGCAUGCCAAGGAAGCCAUGUACAGGAAGCUCUGGUGGUGUAUCUUGAUCAGCAUUUUCGUCAUCUUUGGCUUCUUCUUCUUCAACAGCUUCAGCUUCGCAUCCGUCAACGACCCCGACUACGUCCCCUUCCACUGGAAGUCCAGAUGGUUCAUUCUUGACGGUUGGCUGAACCUUGUCUACUUCGCCGACGUGGCUUUUAUCGCCUACGUCUGGAGGCCCACCGCCAACAACAAACGCUUCGCCAUGAGUGACGAGAUCGCCCAAGAUGAUGACGGUACGUUCACAAUGGCGGACAUUGGAGCGCCGGACGAUUCGGACGAUGACGAGGAAGCUCAAUUGGGCAAGGGCAACAACGAGGGGUCUCAGCCUGCAGGCCAUGCUGCUUCCUCGGGUAUGCCGGCGAGCAGUAUGCCGCAGCAACAGCCAGAAAGGCACGUCCCGCGCGAGUCUUUGGACGGCGAGACAAUCUUCGCCGUUGGAGAGGAUGGCGACAGAUUCUCUGACGACUCUGACGAGGAAGACGCCAAGUUGGUAAGCAAGAAAUAG